UCUGCCGACGUCCACCCCGACUGCAGGACAGCCGACUGCUCUCUAAAAUCAGACCAUUUUCCUUUGUUUACAAUAAAAAUAAUAAAAUGUGGUCACUAAGAAAUUUAUUUGCCCCCAAAUGGACAAAUUUGGAACAACGCCACAACAAUAGAAUAAUAACCAUGAGUGAAGUGUCUCUCCAUGAUUCUAUGAAUGACUGUUGGAUCGUCUUGUUCAAUGUUGUAUACGACAUAACUAACUUCUUGACACUGAUUGUUUAUCAAGUCCAUCUAUUUAAUGUUAAAAACAUCAUCAAAUCAUGGAAUCAUGUACUCAAGCUUAUCCAACAUCCAGGUGGGUUGGAAGUGUUGGUGGAGAAUGGAGGGAGAGACGCGACCAUUGCAUUCCAAGAAGCUGGCCACGCUGAUGUAUCAUUAUCACUGAUGGAAAGUUACAGAAUUGGAAGACUUCCAGAGAACGAAGAGCUUAAUUUGGAUCUUGUACUCGGUAACAAUUGGAAAACUGGCCUCACUGCUUAAUCAAAUCAUCAAAAAGGAAGGAAUACAGACUGUCAUCAUAUAUUUGGCCUAUAUAUUUGAACCAGAUUCUGGGAUUAUUUAUUGUGUAAUAUAGCAAAUGUAAAAUAUUUAUAAAGAGCCCCGGAAUGUAGGAUAAUUAUAAAUGUUAGUAGCUCUGCGUAUAUCCACGAUUUUAAAUACUUGAAGAAGUGAUUACAAGAAAAUCAUUGAAAAGAGAAUUUCCAAGAUGCUUGUGAUUGUGCUUAAGUUCAUUCAUGGAAAAGUUCCAUAAAUUUGAUUAUAUCUAGGUGUUUUAAUUCGUCAGCAAAAAUAUCUCCCAUAAAUAAGAAAUAAAAUCUUCAAUCAGUUCCUAUUAUUAAAAUUGAACACUGUUCUUUAACACUAGGUUUGUUAGAACUUAAACAAUUUUUUCAACUUAAAAAAUAAAUUUUAGUAUUUGAUCAUUAAAAAGAUGUAAAAUGAAAA